AUGAAUAUCAGAGGCCGCAAGCAGAUUCAGGUCCCCUCGCCUGCAUUUGGCACUUUUACCCUAGAGGGCUGGAGUCCAACCGGUGAUCCACAGAAAACAAUCCAGAUAAUUCGCACAGCCAUUCAUGCCGGAUGUCGUCAUCUUGACUGUGCAUGGGAAUACAAUGUAGAUGCCGAGGUUGGCGAGGCGCUUCGCCAGUCCGGCGUCCCACGCAAAGAGAUAUUCGUCACCCAUAAACUGUGGGUCAACUUUGGCGCUCCCCAAAAUGUGGAGGUUGCGUUGGACCUGGCUCUCCAGCGAAUAGGGAUUGAUUAUGUCGAUUUAUUCCUGGUUCACUAUCCUGUCGCCGUCAAGCCGGCCGGGGAUCUCCGUAAGGCGUGGAUAUCCGAAGCGACGACCAUAGCGGAUCAGGGCUGUGCAGCCGAUGAAAAGGGCAACAUUAUUCCAGACCUGGAACAUUGCCCAACAUCAGUCGCUGCGCUCAAUGGAGCGGUUGGAGUUUCGAACUUCGACGUCGAACAUGUGCAAGAAAUCCUCGAUGCUCAGAGUGACUCUGAUGACGAAGUCCCGCUUUCAUGCAACCAGAUCGAAUGCCAUCCCUGGUUUCCCAAUCAGCGACUGGUUGAGUUCUUACUAGAACACAACAUCCUGGUCAUGGCGUACAGUCCAUUUGCGUCUGUCAAAUACGAGUAUGGAGUCUUCCCACCUGAGCCGUUCAUGCCUUAUGGAACGACUCUGUUAGGAGACGAAACAGUACAACAGAUUUCAGCCAAGAAUGGCAUGAGUGCCAGUCAAGUCUUGCUUAGCUGGGCAGCUCAACGAUCUACAUUGCCGGUAUCUAGGAGCCGCUCCUCACAGCAUCAGCAGGAGAACCUUCUAUGGAAGGAAUUGCCGCAGGAGGAUGUGCAAACACUGGCAACUUUGGAAUUGGACGGUGCAAUUGGGAAGUCUACCGCGACAAUAUACUUCCCUGGAAUCAAGGUAUACAACUUGUAG